AUGAGCAGAUACGCUUCUCAUGCUGGCUCUUGGUAUACUGAGAAUGCUUCGGUUUUGAAUGAGCAGCUUUCUGAAUGGCUAGAAGAAGUUCCUCCAACGACUGAAAAGGGCGUUCCAAUCCCAGUAAAGGGUGCUCGUGCCAUAAUUGCUCCUCAUGCAGGGUAUUCUUACAGCGGACCUUCAGCAGCUUACGCUUAUAAGUGCAUUGAUAUAGAAGCAAUCAAACGUGUGUUUAUCCUGGGCCCUUCGCAUCACAUUUACCUGCCAAAUUGUGCUCUUUCUCGGUGUACAGAAUACGAGACGCCAUUUGGAAACCUUAUUCUAGACACUGAAGUCAUCGGAGAACUGCGAGAUACCGGCCAUUUUGCAGACCUGGCAAAGAAAGAGGAUGAAGCAGAGCAUAGUAUCGAAAUGCAUCUACCUUAUCUCUAUAAAACUUUCGAGAGCAAGAUCAACUCCAUAAAGAUUGUACCAAUAUUAGUGGGUGCAUUGUCUACGUCGCAAGAACAAUUCUAUGGACGAUUGUUGAGUCGAUACUUGGCUGAUCCAAAUAAUUUUUUCAUUAUUUCCUCUGAUUUCUGUCACUGGGGACUACGAUUCCAAUAUACCUAUUACUCCGAUGAUUCAGACCUGACGGUUCAACUAACACGCAAAUCUAAAACCGAACUUACGAUUCCAAUAUAUCAAUCCAUCGAGAAUCUCGACCGUCAAGGGAUGUCAAUUAUCGAACAUAUCGAUCACCAAGAAUUUGUUUCGUAUCUAUCAAAAACACGAAAUACAAUUUGUGGUCGACAUCCAAUUGCCGUAUUAGUUUGUGCUCUUCAAGAAUUGCAAACUAAUACAUCAACACCAGCGAUGAAAACUCCCGAAAUCCGCUUUAUUCAUUAUAAACAGUCCAAGCAGGUGACCGACGUACUUGAUAGUAGUGUGAGCUAUGCUUCGGCUUACGUUUAUUUGCCUUAG